GCCUAGCCGCACGGGAGGAGCUAGCAGAAGCGCGCCCUUAGAUUCUCCCGCAGUUCUGCUGCUCGUCUCCCCACCAUGGCCCAAGAACGGGACCCGCUUCUGCAACAGAAUGGCGGCGGCAGUGCCGCGGGUGCCGGGGCGGUCAAGUGCUCCUCCUCGCGCGCCGCCAUACUGCCGUCGCUGGCCAGGUCCGUGCUCAAGUUCCUGAUGUGGGCGGUGUUCCUCACCUGGGCGGCGGGGAUCUUCCUCUACCCAACCAAGCCCGCGCAGGCGGUGUUCAGGAAGUGUAUCGGGCUCACCAGGGAGUCCCUCUUUGGCAUCACCGGGAGCAUUUUCCUCACCUUCAGUGCGCCGAUUCUGAUCAUUGCGCUUCUGGCGUAUGUGUACAUCUCCGCCUUCCCCAGUGAUCAUGUGGAGAAGAAAAAGCUGAGAUCGUUGAGUUUCCGUCUAUGGACUUUCCCUGUUCUUGUCGAUGGCCCUUUUGGAGUCGUCUCUGCAGUUGAAUUCAUCGGAAUUGUCCUAUUCGUCGUUUAUGUUGUCUACUCAAUGACAUAUUACACUGUGGAGAGUGUGAGCCUCGUCUCGAAAUUCCAUUUGCCAUCAAGUUAUGAGAGUGAGUUGAUACUGGAUGUUAUCGGUCUCCGUUUAGGGUCAGUUGGGUUGUUCUGCAUGCUCUUCCUGUUCCUGCCUGUCUCGAGGGGCUCAGUUCUUCUUCGGCUCAUCGAUAUUCCAUUUGAGCACGCCACUAGAUACCACGUCUGGCUGGGGCAUCUCACCAUGGCUCUCUUUACAUUGCAUGGCUUGUUCUAUGUGAUCUCAUGGUCCAUGCAGGGGCGCCUACUUGAAGAAAUGCUAGAAUGGAAGGAAAUUGGAGUUGCAAACCUCCCUGGUGUGAUCAGCUUGGCAGCCGGCCUGCUUAUGUGGGCGACAUCACUUCACCCAGUGAGGAAGAGGUUCUUCGAGCUCUUCUUCUACACUCACCAGCUGUACGUUGUCUUCAUCUUGUUCCUGGCGUUCCACGUCGGCGACUUCAUCUUCAGCAUUUCAGCCGGGGCCGUCUUCCUCUUCAUGCUCGACCGCUUCCUGAGGUUCUGGCAGUCAAGGGCCAAAGUUGACAUCAUUUCAGCCGCCUCCCGCCCGUGUGGGACCGUGGAGCUAGUCUUCUCAAAACCAGCAAGUCUUCGGUACAACGCUCUCAGUUUCGUCUUCAUACAAGUGCGCGAGCUGUCAUUCUUGCAGUGGCAUCCGUUCAGUGUAUCUUCAAGUCCCAUGGAUGGGAGAUAUCACAUGUCAGUUCUCAUAAAAGUACUUGGCUCAUGGACUGAAAAACUGAGGAGCAUCAUCACCGAUGUCCAGGAGCAGAACAGGAGUGACUCAGAGUCGCAAUCCGGCCGCAUUACAGCCUGCGUGGAAGGGCCGUAUGGGCAUGAAUCGCCCUACCACUUGAUGUACGAGAAUCUCAUCCUCGUGGCCGGAGGCAUCGGCAUAUCACCGUUCUUGGCGAUCCUGAGCGACAUAAUCCACAGGAUCGAGGAGGGUAAGCCGUGCAUGCCAAAGAACGUGCUGGUCCUAUGGUCAGUUAAGAAGUCCAAGGAGCUUUCUCUCCUGUCGGCCGUCGAUACUCAGACCAUCAGUUCAUCUGUCUCUGACAAAUUGCGCCUGGAUAUCCAGGCCUUCGUGACCCAAGAAUCCCAGCCUCCAUUGGAGGACGGCAUUGUUGGGGACGAGCAAAAAGUCCCCGGCAUGUUCGUCAAGAACGGGACGACCAUGUCCGGGCUGGUCGGCACAGGGGACAACUUCUGGGCGGCCAUGUACUUCUCGGCGUCCACGCUCGGCUUCGUCCUGGCGUACGCCCUGGUGCAGGUGUACUACGUGAAGCCCAACAACGUGGUGGCAUGGUGGUACUUGGGCCUCCUGUUCAUGCUGUGCAUGGCCGCCGGCGUCGCCCUCCCCGGGGGGCUCGUCGUGCUCUUGUGGCACCUGUCCGAGAAGCGGAGGCUGGAGGACUACAAGUGGGACGCCGCCGCCGCUUCCCAGUCACCGCGCUCCUAUCAGACAGCGGCCGGCGGUGGCGACGACAACGCCCCGAGCACCAGCCUCGCCGCGCUGCGGACGACCCGGUACGGGUGCCGGCCAAACUUCGGAGCGGAGUUCGCGGCGUUCGCGGAGCGCGCCGGGGACGCGGCGGACGUGGGCGUGCUGGUGUGCGGGCCGCAGGGGCUGCAGACCAGCGUGGCGAGGGAGUGCAGGGCGCGGAACCUCGGCUGCGGCGGCGGGCCGGAGAGGAAGGGCCGGAGCCGCGCGGUGUUCCACUUCAACAGCCACAGCUUCGACCUGUAACUAUACACCGAUCGACCCAGCACGUACUGCACACUGCGCAGUAGAGAUAUACAUGCAGAACCUGUAAUUAUUAUGCUGUAUAGUGCGAGUACAGCUAGAUGACACUUACUAAGUUAUACCGUAUGCGUGUAGCAUAUGCAUGCAUGAUCUAAACACAUAGGUUAAGGUAAAGGAAUCACAUGACAUCCUGUGAGGUUUCAAGUCAAAUGCGUAAAUUAAUUAAUUUGCACCUUA